CGCAGGAAGUGACACCAUAAGCGGAGGCGGAAGUGACGGCGAGUGAAGAUGGCGGCGCUGGUGGCGGAGGAGCUGGUGGCCGAGGCCGAGCGCUUGGUCCGGGUGGACCGGCCCCUGGAGUUGGAGGUGGACCUGGGUAACCUGACGGCGCUGGAUACCAACCCGCUGAAUUCGAACUUGUGCCGGCAGGAGGCCGAGGCUUGGCUGCGCUCCCUAGCCCGGGACAACACGCAGCUGCUGCUCAAUGCCGUCUGGCAGCUGCCGAGCGAGAAGCUCCAGGAGGGGAUCGUGGCCUUGCUGCCCCCGCCCAGUACCCUCAUCCCCCGGGAAAAAGCGGUGCCCAAAGCCCGACCGCCUACCCGCUGGGAGCAAUUCGCCAAACUCAAGGGCAUCCGGAAGAAAAAGAAGAGCAACUUGGUGUGGGACGAGAGCAGGAAAGAGUGGCGCCGCCGCUGGGGCUAUCAGAGAGCUAACGAUGAGACCAAAGAGUGGGUUCUGGAAGUACCCGACUCCGCCGACCCCACUGAGGAUCAGUUCGCCAAACGUGUCGCGGCUAAGAAAGAGAGAGUGGCCAAGAACGAGCUGAACAGGCUGCGGAACAUCGCCAGGGCUCAGAAGCACAAAGUGCCCGGUGUAGGUCUGGCCCCCACCCAGCAACGCAGCAAAGCCGAGCUCAGCAAAGCCAUUCGCGUGGCGAGAACCUCCACCGCUUCGGUUGGCAAGUUUCAGGACAAGCUCCCCAAGGAACAGGAGGCGAGGAAUACCGGUAAGAAGAGGAAGUUCCAGCCCAUCAUCGGAGACUUCUCGGCGGAGAAGCAGAAGCAGCUAGACCUUCUCAAUGUUAUGUCCAGCAAGAAACCCAAACUGGAUCUCACGAAGGCUGUCAAUAGACAACUUCGAGAAGACGAUCAGGAGCAGGCGGCAAAACGAAAGAAAAUGCGGCCAAAGGGCAGGAAAGGAGGGAAAAAUCACAAUCGCAAUAAUAAGGGAAAAGGUCAACAUCGGAAAUCGGGGAUGAAACAGCAAGGGAAGAGAAAAUGAGCCAUAUUGAACUGUUGUUAAAUACUGUACUCUUGAUUUCAAAGAACAUUCUAGUUUUGAGAGGACCUACCUUGUUUCUUUAUUAAUUGUGGCCUGAUAAUUUCUUAUGUUCUGACAGUUUUGUUUUUCAUGAACUUAAAAUAAAGUGUUUUGUAUUUCUUUUGCUAUGUGCAGCUGAGUAACUAUAUAUGACAGGAUUUGUGCAGAGUCAGCUUAAAUUGUACCCAUGGCCAAUCGUUUGUAUGGCUCAAAACUCAUUAUCAAAAUUGUCCAGCCAGCAAUCCUGUUGAAUGCUUUGCUUUGAAAGGGAUUCAUUGAAAUUAUUUUACCUUGUAAGGCACUGCAUUAUCCUAGAAUCCCUAAUGUGGAAACAGGCCCUUCGGCCCAACAAGUCCAUGCCAACCCCUGGAGCAGCCCACCCAGACCCAUCCCCCUAUAACCCACACACCCCUGAACACUAUGGGCAAUUUAGCAUGGCCAAUCCACCUAGCCUGCACAUCUUGGACUGUGGGGGGAAACCAGAGCACCCAAAGGAAACCCACGCAGACACGGGGAGAAUGUGCAAACUCCGCACAGACAGUCAUCCAAGGCUGGAAUCAAACCCGGGUCCCUGGUGCUGUGAGGCUGCAGUGCUAACCACUGAGCCACCGUGCUGCCCGUAUGAUUAACAACUCCACUAAAUGUUGUUAACAUUUGAAACCAUAGAGUAUGUAAGGAAAGCACCAAACCUCUUUCGAUGUGAGUUGGCAGCUCAGUUCCAGUGUUGAGUGGCCUUUUGUCCUCCGGUUAAUUGUAUCUAUGGUUAUUUGAAAAUACUCACAGUUGACAACUUAACUCUCCUCAAAAUAGGGGAACAAAUUACUACAGAUGCUGGAAUCUGUAACUGAAAAAAAUAAAAUGCUGGAGAUCAUAGUGGGUCAGGCAGCAUCCAUAGAGACAGAGCAAGUUAACAUUUCAAAUCCAGUGCCUCAAGAUAGAGUCUCUUUCUCUGGAAAUCCAUUCCAUGAGUUUAUAGGUUAUGAUUUCUAUCUCAGACAAAUAGAAAGGAAGAACUUGUAUUUCUGUAGUGCCUCCACAUAUCUUUGGAUCAAAACCAAUAUAUUGUUUUUAAAAAACUGAAAAAACUGUGGAUGCUGUAAAUUAGAAACCAAAACAGAAAUUGCUGGAAAAGCUCAGUUGGUCUGGCAACACCUGUGAAGAGAAGUUGGUGUUAACAUUUGGGUCCUGUGACACUUCCUCAGAACUCCAGGACCAAAAGGUUAACACUGAUUUCACAGGUGCUGCCAGACCUACUGAGCUUUUCCAGCAAUUUCUGUUUUUGAUAGUAUUUAAGAAAUUGUCUUCACCAGUACUGACUGUAGACUGUAGUGUACUAUAAAAGUACUCCCGUUACUAAACUUGACUAUAACGUA